AUGAGCUCUAUUCGUUCCGUAUAUUUGCUAUCGACCAAUCCUCUCAAACUGCCCGAGUACACCCGUAAUUUUGAUCGGUACGGAGUGAGAGUCGUCUUGUUUGAUCCGAGCGAGUAUGCUGAUGAUCAAUGUAAAUUAAAUUUUUUGUUGAAACAUGCUCCACAGGCUAUUUGUUUUAUUGCUGAUCAGAUGGAUUUGUGGAAGAAAGGACAGUCUGGAGAGAGAGCUAAAUUGGAACAUUUGGAGUUGGUUGAGAGUUGUACGGAACUGACCGUUUGGCAACUCAAUAAGGAGAAGGAUGCUAUUGUGAAGAAGGUGUACAAGAACACUCAAUUGGGUUUUAUUGAUCUAUCGAGAAAAAAGCCUAAUUUAUUGAGAAGAAGCGUGUUUGGAUGGGAUGAUGUUUUUGUCAAUGUUUCCACUGGUAUGAGCAACUUGGAACAGAUUGAACGCUCAGGUGUGAAAAUUUCUAGCAGAGAUAUGGCAAUUUCCGAGUUUAUUCGUGAAAGAUUUUACUAUUCGAAAAGAAGGGAUCUUCAAUUUACUCCCCAACACGCAGAAAAAACCAUUGACUUUAAAAAGAGUGUUCUCCACUACUUUGAAACACAUAAUCUCUACAACAAUGAAAGUACUGCCAAAUAUAAGGUUACUAAUAUUUGGAAGACAGUUGCUAAUGAGGGUAUUGUUCUCAAGUCUGCCAUUAAUAGAAGACAAUACAACUACUUUUCCACAUUACUAAAUCCUGCCUUGCCACUUGUUAGUAAGAAAGACCCAAUUCAUGAGACAACCUUCCAGGUUCAUGAUUGUGGACACUUCCUCAUUUUAGAAUUAGUAUAUACUGGAUAUGAAACAACCGAUCUUCAUAAAUUAGUAUAUAUUACAUUUAGAAUGAUCAGUGAAGCUGUGACCAUGAUGAUUGCUGACAUCUUAUUCAUUCAUGCCUUGAAGCAGCAAGGAAUUGAAUACGAUUUUGAUUCUCGAAAAAUAUACCCACUCUAUUCGUCAUCUAAUCUUGACUUUGACAGAGAUGGAAUUGUGCCAACACUUGAAAAAUUGGUUCGAGCCAACGUGGACUAUGCUCUUAAAGGAGAUGACACCAAAUUCAGAGCUAUUGCUUCAGAACCUGUCUUAAAGACAUUUAAGGAUAAAUUUGGCCCAUUCUUUGUCGAAGACUACAAGUGGAAUACCAACAAUUAUCUCAAUAUGGAAAGUCGAAAAGAAGAAAUUCGGAAAUGGUGGGACAGCGUUGAGCACGUGAGAGGCUAUAUUCCUGACAUUAGAUUCCUCACCAUUGAUGAAUUCAUUUCUCGUAUGGAAAAGUAUCACAACAAAGAUUUAUCAUUGUUGGACAAUGAGUGUAUUGUUGAUUUGGUGUUUGAAACUGUAUGGAAUGAGAUUGUUAAGCCUGUCUUUGAAAAGGAUGAUGUUCCACUAUUACCAGAAGGAACAAGAAAUUAUAAUGCAUUUGUACGAUACAUGAUUGGACAAAUGGCCAUCUUUUCAGCUUUUAACAUUCCAGAGAGAACUAUUUAUCAAGAUGGCUUACUCAAAUUCUUGAAGGAAAAGUCCAAAACCAAAUCCAUUACUAUUAAUGAAAUUGAAAAUGCAGUCUCGUUCUAUUCUGCAUUCGUCGAUUUAUUGGCCCAAAAGAGCUUGAUUACCUUUGAUGAUGCUUUUACAUACAAGGAAAUUUAUCCAAUGUUCGAACCAUGUUAUGUAUUCUAUGACGAGAACAAGACCUACUAUGACAGCAUUGCCAAUGUUUACAAGAAACAAUUCCACAUUCCUCAUCGAAUAAUUAUUUUAGGAAAACCUGGAAGCGGUAAAGGAACGCAAUCCCAAAUGAUUGCAGAGAAGUAUGGGUUGAUUCACAUUUCCACUGGAGAUUUGGUAAGAGCUGAGGUCAAGGCUCAAACUGAAUUGGGCAAAAAAUGUGAUGAAAUCAUGAACACUGGAAAAUUGUUACCAGAUGAAUUGAUUAAUCCAAUCUUCCUGAAGAGAAUUUUACAAAAAGAUUGUAGAGAAAAGGGUUGGAUUUUGGACGGAUAUCCUCGAACAGAUUCCAAUCUGCAAUUUGUGAGGGAUAAUCGAUUGACUGUGACAUGUGUACUCUGCAUUGACGUGAGCGAUGAGCUUGCCAUUGAGAGACAAUGUGGUCGUCUCGUAGAUCCACAGAGCGGUAAAAUUUAUCAUGCUUCCCUUCUUCCACCAUCAGACGAUAUUAAGGAAAGACUUACUAAACGAGCCACCGACAAUGAAGAAAAGGCAAAAAUUAGAAUGAAAGUGUAUCAUGAAGAAAUGGGCAAGAGUGACAAGUGGUUCUCAGAGGAAAUCACUUUCCACGUCGAUGGUUCUUUACCUCCCGAAGAAGUCUUCAAACAAAUUGAAAAGAUCCUCAAGUAA